AUGCUCCCGCCGCCAUCGUCGACGAUCGGAUUCGCGGAGGAGCUCGUUCCGCCCGUGCCUCCCGCCGGAGGUCCUGGCGCGGGGGAAGGCGGAGCCGUCGCAGCGGAGAAAGUGGAGCCGCGAUUGACGGUGGCGUCGAUCACGAAAUCGCUGAUCGCCGGAGGCGUCGCAGGAGGAGUAUCGAGGUCAGCAGUGGCCCCUUUGGAGCGAAUGAAGAUCUUGCUGCAGGUGCAGAACGCACAGCACGCACACUACAGCGGCACGUGGCAGGGGCUCAAGACCAUCUGGCGCGAGGAGGGCAUCAGAGGGCUCUUCCGUGGCAACGGCACCAACUGCGCCCGCAUCGUGCCCAACUCCGCUGUCAAGUUCUUUGCCUAUGAGGAGGCCGCUCAUGGUCUUCUUUGGCUGGCCCAGCAGCAAUCCAACGAUCCCAACCUGGAGCUCACACCGGUGCUGCGGCUGGGGGCAGGGGCGACAGCAGGCAUCAUCGCCAUGUCUGCCACAUACCCCAUGGACAUGGUUCGAGGUCGACUCACUGUGCAGUCCGGCAGGAAGGGAGAGCAGCGCUACAAAGGCAUGCGACACGCGGCGGUGACUAUAGUGAAGGAGGAGGGCGUUCGCGCCCUUUAUAGGGGCUGGCUUCCUUCCGUUAUUGGCGUGGUCCCCUACGUGGGGCUCAACUUUGCAGUGUACGAAACCCUAAAGGACUCCCUCGCUCGGAUGUACGCGGCACAGCACCCCGACAAGCCCGAGAUGGGGGAGCUCUCAGUCCUCACCAAGCUAGCAUGUGGGGCCGUGGCAGGCACCCUCGGGCAGACUGUUGCAUACCCUCUGGAUGUGAUUCGGCGGCGGCUGCAGAUGGUGGGGUGGCGAGACGCGGCGAGUGUGGUGAGGGCGGAUGGCACGGUGGCAGCGGCGCCGCAGUACACGGGGAUGGUGGAUGCUUUCAGGAAGACAGUGCAGAUGGAAGGGGUGAAGGCUCUCUAUAAGGGGCUCGUUCCGAACUCUGUCAAGGUGGUGCCAUCCAUUGCCAUUGCGUUUGUCACGUACGAGAUCAUGAGGGAUCUACUCCAUGUGGAAAUUCGCAUCUCCGACUGA